AACAUGUUCUGCUGUGUCCUGGAUCAGGCUCUUCACUGGAAUGGGCGUGAAGCCUUCUUUAUUACUUUAUUGUAUUACUCUGUGUCCCAGGAGGACCAGUCUGGGGAAACUGAGCUUUUCUCAUUGAUUCGACUGUUCCUGCCUUGUAAGAGAAGCUGGAGUUAGAAGAGGCACACGAUAAAUACAAGCUGGAGUUACGAGAGGCAGGCCUUCUCCAUCCCGCUUCCUUUAUAUUAACCUAUUACCCUGCCUGACAUGAUUUUGGACUAGGAGUCUCCUCAUUAGGAUGUGAGGUGUCCUCAGCCCUUUAGGGGCUAUCAGUUAUCUGCCAUUUCUCAAUCAGCUGGUGUGAUCAGUGAACCUUAAAGUCACCAACGCUUCAUAGAGCACAUCGAGAUGGGCCUCUUUCUUUCCUACUUGAGUUGCAGUAUUAGAUUUUAUCUAUAGCGGCAUUUACCUUAUUCGUAUGAGACAGUGAUGGUCUUGGAAUAUGGUUUUGAUUGUUGAGGUGGACUAGUUUAUAAGGUAUCAAAGUGAGAAAAGUCUCCCAUGUAGUAAAACCUCUUAUAAAGUGAAAAAAAAUUACAGGCAUCAACAUUUAAUUUCCCGGAUUUCUCUAAGGAUAACAGGGUCAUGGAUGUAAAAAAAAAAAAUGCUUUUCAUAUGCUGCCUGUGAGGGAACAAUCUCUGGUUAUUGGUGGCAUCCUUACCUCUCUGAUGCCACCUUAGCAUUAAGUGAGUUCUUACGUACCCACUAGACAGCAUAGAAUUUGUCCACAUCUUCUGCCUCACCAUCUCAUUUCUUUUAAAUGAUCUGCAGAUAUUUCAAAGUUGGGGGAAAAAGAAAAGUCUUUUAAAUCUCACCUGCGGGCUCACCACGUGGCCUGUCACCAUCCCUCCCCAUUCUUAAGUCCUUGUUGAGUGACAGUGAUGGGCAGAGGGCCCUGAGCUGUACACGCUGGGCAGACCUGUCCCUCUAACUCUUGCAGCUGUGUUGGAGACGGAGGGUGAAGACUGGGAAAAUGGGUCUUCGUUUUAUCAAGGAGAGUAGCUUUUCAGGAAAGGGAAUAAUGAUGCACUGACUGUUGCUUUAGAAACUAUCCAUUUAGCCCUAUGAAGGCUCAGGACGGCUGAUUGUACAUACUUCCAUCUCGUCUGUUACAGCUUCCUGUUUUGCUUUUUGCCUGUUCCUGGCUGUGCAGUCUGGCAUAAUUAAUAACAACCUCUUUUAUUUCCCAGUGUUCACAUUUGUGUGCUCGGGACUUCCAUUUAGUUUGUUCAAGCUUGAGGGAAUGUUUGAUGGGUUUUAAAUGUUUUUCUGUUAGCUGAACAAAAUUAACUUGAGCACUAUUUAAAUGAUUGGCACCCAAGCUCUAUUUAUAGCAUUUAUAUGCAUUUAAACACUGAAGAGUUUUGUCUUGUCAAAUUGUGCAGGCUGAGAUGUUGAUCUGUAUUCCAGGAAAGCCUGCUUUAAAAGAGAUGCACCCUCACCGUGGGGUUCUGCUUUUUGUUACGCUGGUGUCAAUUCAGCAAGUAUUUCGUCCAUUCCUACUGUGUGUUCAGCCCUGGGCUGUGUUUGGGGAGGGAUACGGAAACGGAUCCGUCAGUUUCUGCCCUGAAGAAGCAAUCUUACUGGUAAGGGGAGGCUACCAUAACAUGAAAAGUUAAAUAACAAGCCAUUGUUAUUCAUGUUAUAGCAUCUUAGUUUGAAGGUGUUUCUCUUAGAAUUGGGGUAAUCUUUAAAAGUCAAGGGAUUAGGAAGGAAAUCUGAUGCAGUUGGUAGAGCUCUUGCUUCCUGCCCGCCUCUACCUUCGUGGAUUCUUUAGGAAGUUUUUGAGUGUCUCUAUUUAUAUGUAUAUUUCUGUUCGUCGUGUAUCUCUUACACAGCUUGAUAAAGUUGGGUUAAGGGGUCAUAAAUGUAGGACUUGCACUGAGGAUCUUGUAACUUUGAGGACCAGUACAAACCUGCUUGUCUAGUCCAGCUUCUGUUUUAAUAGCUUUUGUUAGAGUUAGUUAUCUUAUUCUUUAGAGUGAGUUCCUUGAGGGGUGUGGACAGUGUCCUUACGAUCUUUGUGUUAGCACAGCGGUUCUCACCUUGUCUGCCUAUCAGAAUUACAUGAAUAACGACCACCACAGAAAUGCCUGGGUCUGCCCCCCAGGGGGAUCCUGUUCAGGCGUCACGAUGGGGAGCUUUAAAAAAGUACCUCAGGUGCUGACCUUGGCUUACUUUUUGAAACACUAGGAAUGGUAGUUUCUACUCUUCAGGACCUCAAAACUAAGGAGCUAAGGAGAACCCUACGUAAAUAGAGUGAAGUCUGUUCCAUUGUCCUUUGCAUUCGGAGACUCCUUUAUUUUACCAAAUACAAAGAUUCUCUAACCAGUGCAGUCAUUAUGAACGUGACAAGUUUAUUUUCCUUCACAAGUCCAGCUGUGAAGAGACUUCUUGGGUGGAAACAGGGUGAUGAAGAAGAAAAAUGGGCAGAGAAAGCUGUUGAUGCUUUGGUGAAAAAACUGAAGAAAAAGAAAGGUGCCAUGGAGGAACUGGAAAAGGCCUUGAGCUGCCCGGGGCAGCCGAGUAACUGUGUCACCAUUCCCCGCUCUCUGGACGGCAGGCUGCAGGUUUCCCACCGGAAGGGGCUGCCUCACGUCAUCUACUGCCGGGUUUGGCGCUGGCCUGACCUUCAGAGCCACCAUGAACUAAAACCACUGGAAUGCUGUGAGUUCCCUUUUGGUUCCAAGCAGAAGGAGGUGUGCAUCAAUCCUUACCACUAUAAGCGGGUAGAAAGCCCUGUCCUCCCUCCAGUGCUGGUUCCAAGACACAGUGAAUAUAAUCCUCAGCACAGCCUCUUAGCUCAGUUCCGUAACUUAGGACAAAAUGAGCCUCACAUGCCACUCAAUGCCACUUUUCCGGAUUCUUUCCAGCAACCCAACAGUCAUCCGUUUCCUCACUCCCCCAACAGCAGUUACCCUAACUCUCCUGGAAGCAGCAGUGGCACCUACCCUCACUCACCCACCAGCUCAGACCCGGGAAGCCCUUUUCAGAUGCCAGCCGACACACCCCCACCUGCUUACCUGCCUCCUGAAGACCCCAUGACCCAGGAUGGCUCACAGCCAAUGGACACAAAUAUGAUGGCGCCUUCGCUGCCCUCAGAAAUCAACAGAGGAGACGUUCAGGCGGUUGCUUACGAGGAACCAAAACACUGGUGCUCUAUUGUCUACUAUGAGCUCAAUAACCGUGUGGGUGAAGCGUUCCAUGCCUCCUCCACAAGUGUGUUGGUGGAUGGUUUCACUGAUCCUUCCAACAAUAAGAACCGUUUCUGCCUUGGACUGCUAUCCAACGUUAACCGGAAUUCCACUAUUGAAAACACGAGGCGGCAUAUCGGGAAAGGUGUUCAUCUUUAUUACGUUGGAGGGGAGGUAUAUGCCGAAUGCCUGAGCGACAGCAGCAUCUUUGUGCAAAGUCGGAACUGCAACUACCAUCACGGAUUUCAUCCCACUACUGUCUGCAAGAUCCCUAGUGGGUGUAGUUUGAAAAUUUUUAAUAACCAAGAAUUUGCUCAGUUAUUGGCACAAUCUGUGAACCAUGGCUUCGAGACAGUUUAUGAGCUCACAAAAAUGUGUACUAUACGCAUGAGCUUCGUGAAGGGUUGGGGAGCAGAAUACCACCGCCAGGAUGUUACCAGCACCCCCUGCUGGAUCGAGAUCCAUCUGCAUGGCCCCCUCCAGUGGCUGGAUAAAGUGCUUACUCAGAUGGGUUCACCUCAUAAUCCAAUUUCAUCUGUGUCUUAAACGGCCUCAGGCUUCUGCCUCUUGAAAACUAUUGAGCCUUGCAUGUACUUGAAGGAUGGAUGAGUCAGACACGAUGGAGAACUGACAAAGGAGCCUUGAUAAUACUUGACCUCUGUGACCAACUGUUGGAUUCAGAAAUUUAAAAGACCUUGGUAACAUACUGUUGAUAUCAAGAACCUGUUUAGUUUACAUUGUAACAUUUUAUUGUAAAAUCAACUAAAAUGCAUACUUUUAGCAGGACUUUGUGUAUAAAGGAGAGAUGGCCUAGCCAGGGACAAAUUAUCUAUUCGAAAAAUGGUCCUAAGAGAUUCUUUUGUGUUUGGCACUUUAAGGUCAUCGUUUGGCAGAAAUUUAGCAUUAAUAGUCUUUCUGAAGUGUGUUUUUAUCAGGUUUAACGCCCAUGUUGAGUCUUCUUUUCAUGGGUUUUCAUAAUAUUUUAAAACUAUUUGUUUAGUAAUGGUUUUUGUUUGUUUUUUAAGUAACGGUUAAUCUUGAUGAUAUACAUAGUAAUCUUUCUAAAAUUGUAUGCUGACCAUACUGCUGUCAGAAUAAUGUUAGGCAUAUGCUCUUGGCUAAAUAUGUAUGUACAGAAUAUUUGGAAGUUAAGAGUUGAUUAGAUUAGUGGAUUUAGAAGUAUUUGAGGGGGUGGGGGAAGGAAAUGACAACUGCAAAUGUAGAAUAUACUGUAAAAAUUCAGUUUGUUGCUUUAAAGAAACAAACUGAUGUCUAAAUUUUGCUGUGUUUUGAUUUUUUAGAGAUUUUAUCCUACUUUUCUUUUUUGGGGGCAUCUUCUAUCCCAUCUUCUCCAAAAAGCAGAUAUGCAGCUGGUUCAUUCAUAUAACUGUGAGAGCAAAUGAAUAAUUCCUGCUAUUUUGAAAUUGACCGCCUGUAUGUUUCAGUGCUGAUGGUAUGGAGUGCUUGAAUGUAAUAAGAGGUUUUUAUGGAGUUUACAGUACAGAAAUAGGCUUUAAUUUUCAAGUGAAUUGUUUGCCAAACCUAAUAACUCUGUUCAAUAUUUCGAGGAUUUAAAGAACAUCCCUGUUUAAAUCCAUUUCAACCUUUUUUUAGUUUUUUUGUACUAUCUUUGCUUUUAUUUUUCUUCUGCUAAUCUUUUAUAUUCACUUAUGCUCUCGUACAUUGAGUACUUUUAUUCCAAAACUAGUGGGUUUUCUCUACUGGAAAUUUUAAAUAAACCUGUCAUUAUUGCUUACUUUGAUUAAAAA